AUGCUCUUCAAUGCCAAGGAGCGGGUUCACAAGGCCGCUGCCGGCGGGUGGGUCCACUGGGUGAACGAAGAGCUCACCCGAGCGCAGGAUCUGUUAGCCAGCAUUGAAGAUGCGCUGGACCAGAAAGAUGCAGAGAUACAGCAGUGGAAAGGCCUCGAGGAUCAACGCCGCGAUGCCGAAGCUGCAGCUGCAGAUGCCAAGGUCAGGGCUGAGGAAGCCGAAGCAGAGCAGCGCCGACUAGAAAAAGCCGCACGAAAGGCCAAGCGUAAAGCUGCCAAGCUGGCAGAGAAGGAGAGGCUCGCCAAGGUGCAGGCGGAAGAAGAGGUGAGCGCAGAAGCGGUCUCACCACCAGCCGUGUUAUAUCCUGUAAGCAAGACAUCUCAGCUUCAGGGUGCGAGACUGGUGAGUUGUGUCGGUGGCGAGAAAGAGGAGGAGGACAAGUACGAGUGGGAUGGCGAGGAUGGUCAGGCUGAGCCUCCGGAUGCCAAGGCAGUGGAAGAGAUUCCAGCCCCACCCAGGGCUGAUGGCAUGGAUGCAUGCUUCAGUGAUGAAAUUCUAGGAGCGGUCGAUCCGGACCCGGAACCUUCAGCCCUUGGAGCUGCACGGCUGAGCCAGGAUGAUCUCUUCGAGAAGAUAAAAGCUGAGAUGGGUGACACCUUCGCCGAAAGCUCAGACACAAGGCUUAGCUGCGAUCACGCGGGUGUCUUCUCUUUGAAGGCAGCGGAGAAUGAUGUCUCUUCUUUUUCGGUACAAGUUGCCACUGACUGA